GGCUGAGCACCAGGGUAAGUGAAGAACGACCAGAUCGUCAUUUUUAUCGGCGUCUCUCGCUCCAGCAGUCGCGUUCACCAAUUUGGAGCGCUUGAAACGGCCGAUUUGCGAUGGAUUGAGCCAUUGGACUUUGGAUGAAGCCAGGCUAACUAUGCUCGCUCACAGGGUUCACAUCCAUCCUGCACCAUGUCUCUCGUUGUCCCCGAAGCCCACCAGCAAUUCCAACACAUCUUGCGUCUCCUCAACACCAAUGUUGACGGCAAGCGCAAGAUCAUGUACGCCUUGACCGAGAUCAAGGGUGUCGGACGGCGAUACGCCAACAUCGUCUGCAAGAAGGCGGACGUCGACCUUAACAAGCGCGCUGGCGAGCUCAACUCGGACGAGCUCGAGCGGGUUGUCACCAUCAUCCAAAACCCCACCCAGUUCAAGAUCCCGACAUGGUUCCUGAACAGGCAAAAGGACAUCGUCGACGGCAAGAACUCGCAGAUUCUUUCCAAUGGCGUUGAUUCGAAGCUCCGUGAUGAUCUCGAGCGUCUGAAGAAGAUCCGGGCGCACCGUGGUCUCCGUCAUUUCUGGGGCCUCCGCGUACGUGGUCAACACACAAAGACCACCGGUCGCCGUGGAAAAACCGUUGGAGUGUCGAAGAAGCGCGGUUAGGUGUUCACUUGGACGGAUGUCAUGUCGGGCCUUUGUAUGCUCCCUCACUUAUUGCAACACGCUCUCCAUGUCGCUUGCAUAUGCAUUUACGUAUACUUCACCCUGAUCGCACUGCGUUAAGACUGG